ACAGGCAGGGGGGCGGGGCCUUUCAUGUAAUUGGUCAACAGUCGGGUUACUCUGUGCUUCAUAACAAACUGGCUAGCCCGGAGAAUCAGCUAGCUAGCCAGCCAACCGGCCAAGGUUGCAGCAGGAUAAUUGAACAGGGAGAACGGAGAGUAAUUAUUCAGUACUUUUAUUUAGAUGUAAAUGUUGCUGUAGGUGAUUUAAGAUCUGGACGCAUUUGCUGAGAGCAGGAGAAUGGUGGUUCCUGACAGCGGGAGCGGAGCGCAGCAGGCGGACAGCGACACGGUGCCGGGGUUUGAAGACGAACACGACGGCGUGGAGCUGGAGGAGGUCCGCAAGUUGCGUGAACUUGUGCGUCGUCUCGAAGUACAGAAUGAAAGCCUACGCAACCGGGGUAGCUCUCAUCAUCACAACACGAAUGCUAACGAGAGAACACUGCACGAGGACACUGGCACCAGUUCAACCAGAGACUUCCAGACUUUAUCUCCUCCUCAGGACAGCGUCACCGAGGACAUGUCUCCUCUUCCUGAAGCCACAAGGCUAGAAGAUGAAGAGGAGAUGGAUCAACACAGCCCGGUUUUUAAUCUCCCUUGUGUCGCUGCAUCAGGGCACACUCAAGAACACACACACACCAGCUCUUCUCCUGAUAGUUACGACUCAGAGACAAUCGGUGGGAGUGAUGCAGGGGUGGACCAGUCCGCUCUGGACGAGGUGGACGUGCUCGAUUUGGACGACUGUGCUGAUAUCGAUGACGAAGACUGCUGGUUGUACGUGUCUCCGAAGAAGCAGGUACAAACAGAGCAGGGUCCAGAGUCUCCUCUGAAAUGGUGUCGGAAGGUGCUUGAUCACCCGAGCCCUGAGACCGAGGUGGCUUGCAGGACGCUUCUGAGCCGUCUGGAUCAAAGCUCGAGAUGGAGGAACAUGUACAGCAGCCCAUCACAAACCUCCGCGGGCUCAUUAGCCGAGGCCGGCUCGUCUCAUUCUCCUGGGUACCACAAAUCAACUAACAAAACCCUACUAACCUGUGGCAGCUCAGGUUACAUGGGCAUGCACUCGGCGCUGAGCUCCCAGUCAUCCAUCGACAGCGAGCUGAGCACAUCGGACGAUUCCAUCUCAAUGGGCUAUAAACUGCAGGAUCUGACAGACGUGCAGAUCAUGGCUCGGCUACAGGAGGAGAGCCUGAGGCAAGACUACGCUUCGAGCUCGGCCUCGGCAUCCCGGCGGAGCUCUGCAGCUUCACUGCACUCAUUGAGGCGAGGCACAUACAGUGAUCAGGAGCUGGACUCCUACAGCUUGGAGGAUGAAGAGGCAGACAGCACGCCUUACACACACAUCCACCGCCGUCACUCACCUUCUCCUGGCACCUCACCUCGCUGUCCAUCACCUGCAUCUGGCACACGUGUGCCCAGGCGCUCGCUUCAGGGCACGGCACCAGAGCUCCUCAAAUUUACUCGGAGUGAGGAGGAGUUAAGACACAGCAUGCCUAACCUGGCCCCACGCACCAGCCUGCGCUCACUGGAGGCAGUGAGAAACAGCCGCAGCAUGGAGGCUAACCUGCACAGCUCAGGCAGCCGCAUGUCCCGUCUGCCCCAGUCCCCCACAGGUGUGUCCACCACCCGAUUAAGAAGCAGUGGCCAGUCCCCGCUCUUGUUACGGGCUCCUGUGAAAGCUCUCAGCCCUGUGGGCAGCAUGGCCGCAGUGCGACAGUCUGCAAGAGCGGGAGCUCAGGGACAUGCUUCAGGAGCACGGAGGGUGCAGUCACCCGGGCCUGCCAACGGAGCAGCUUACGGGGCAGGCAGGUCCACUAGCACAGCGCCAAAACAAGCAGUGGGCAGAAGCAUGACACCUACUGCUUCAGCUUCCUCAAAAAGCAGGCUUGCCCAGACCCCUAGAAGCAGGUCUCUGGGAAUGACAAAAACCUGUGGUCCGAUAACAGACGAUUCCUGGAAGGAUGGCUGUUACUAAAGUAUUUUGUCAUUUUUCCCUUUACACACUCCUAGACAACAUCCAUAAAACACAAAAGCUGCCUUUAAAAACAUCACAGGGACACUGGACACACCAAGGCCAGAAGCAGAAAGGCACAAAAACACACCAACCCUGGAAAGUUUUUCUCCAGCAUGAAUCCUCUUCCCCCAAACUGCCAGAAGCCAGAGAAACGCUAACGGAAAACCUUCGAGACGAAAUGAUUUUUUUUUUUUUUCAUCAGACUUUGAAGUGGGCUGUUUUUUGUUUUUGUUUUUUUUAUUAUUAUUUUAAUUAAAAUGCCAAGCUGCUUUAUUUGUAUGAUAACUGGAAACGUUGUUGGAAAAGACGUGUUGUAGUGUAUAAAAUACCUAGAACAUAUGUAUAUGUUGUUUUAACAAGUUUGUAGCUCGUUAUUCAGAACAAUUGGAUGCUCUCUCUUUGUUCUUGCUGAAAUGAAGGAAAAAAUAUGUAUGAGCUGUGGAAUUUUCUGACCUACAUUUCCAAGGCACAAAAAUACAAAGUCUAUGCAGUCUUCCAUCUUUUCAAAGAGUACAAAAAAGCUAUAAUAAAAUUGAAGUCACUGGUUUCUGCUUCAACAGUCUCCAACAUUUUGUCUUCUCUUGUCUUCUCUAUUCACUUUUCUGAUACAGAGUCUCUUAUAAAUGUUUAGUGAAUUUUUCAAAACAAGUUACUGGAAGCCAAAAAGUGAACAUUAGAGGCCUUUUAGUAUGGGGCUAAUUUAUAAUUUCAACCUUCCAAAAAAUAAAUCUGACCUACACCAGUUCACAUAUUUUAAGCAAAGCAGCAUGGUCUGUAAUAUGAUUAGUAGUUAUGAAUUACAAAUAUAUGAUACGAAUUGCAGUCUUAUAUCAGAAAUUCCAUGGUGGUUCUGCUUUGAAGCUCAAUCCCAAAAUCAUUUUUUUUACAAUAAUAUUUUUAUAUUAACAUUUUUUUAAAUUAAAUUCAGUCUUCAGGAUACUUAUACUUAAUGAUUACUCCAGCGAAUAUUCUUCAACAAUGUACUGUGUUCACAACACUGCCACCAUUAUCUUUAUAUGGAACAAAUAUUUUCUGCAAAAUAUUUUCUUCGUUGCACUAUUUAUUCAUUUGAUUAUCAAAUUUCAGAUUUAUACACUUAAUCUCAGCAGCAGUAGUUUUCCUACAAAAUUAGGCCGCUGGCAGAAGAUCUGUUUCCAAUACAAUAUUGGGUGUUUUGCGUACAUCGGGAUAAAUAUGUACUAGUGAGGUAUAGGUGAUCUAUAUAUGUGAGAGUGAAGUAUAGGUGAUAUGUCAUAGUGAGGUUGUCUCCUCUCGUGUCUCCUUUUUGAUCCUGUUCCCAAUGUCUUACUGUACUAUAGAGCAUCUCUUCUGUAUUUAUGAAUAUAUCCUG